GGGUAUUAUUGACAUUUCCUCCACACCCACCACCUUUUCUUCAUUCGCGCAAAUUUUCUGCAACAUUCAACACAAAAUUUGCAGGGACGUACGCACCUGGCGCAGCAUAGUUUCAUUCGGAUCCUCUCUCCCAAUCAUCUACAUCGUCCUUUCUUUUUCUCUGUUAGCGUGUGUGUGUUAGUAUAAACCGAAAGAUCUGUGUUUUGUAGUCAUUUUUUGCUUGCGGCCUUUUCGCUGGGAUUUGAGAUGGCUAGGAGGAGGAAAACUGGAACUGCUCCGUUGAAGGAAAAAUCGAAAGUCUCCUGGACAGUCAACAUGAGCCCGACUGCUAGAAAUUUGACAAAGAAUGAACUUGGGGCUGUCAUAUUUGGGUGCAAGCAUCACACAAUCAAGGAGUGCUUGCUUAAGCAGAUGUUUGGAUUGCCAGCUUCACAUUAUUCAUACGUGAAGAAUGUUACCCCUGGCCUUGCUCUGUUUCUUUUUAACUAUAGUGAUCGGAAACUUCAUGGUAUUUUUGAGGCGGCAUCCCCUGGGCAGAUGAAUAUUAAUCCAUAUGCAUGGAUUACUAGCGAGGGUGCUGAGAUUACACCAUACGCUGCACAGGUACGAAUCAAUGUUCGGAGGCAAUGCAGGGCUCUGCUUGAGAAAGAAUUCAAACCAAUAAUUGCAAAAAAUUACUAUGCAGAGAGGCUUUUUUGGUUUGAACUUGACAAAGAACAAACUAGUAGAUUGACCAAAAUAUUCUUGUCAUCACCAUUGCCAGAGAAGAUGCCUCGUGCACCCAAUGCAGUUCAGUGGAACAACAUGUUUGAAUUUUUGUCUAACUCUGAUGUAAAUGAUGAUGCUGAUGAGGAUUUUAAGAAUCUAGACUCCCAAGAAUUUUCUGAAAUGGCUGAGACUAAGUUAACGGAGAAUGACAAUUUAGAUGCCUCAGUAGUUGUUAACAAAGACGCAUUUGCUCCAGAGAAGAAGUGGACUGAGUUGUUCAAAACUUCACCACCUUCAAGUGUAGUGGAGAGUCAUGCACGAUCAGAAUCUCAUGAAGUAAAACUAGAUUCAUCAGUGUCAGAUCAAUUCGAUAUGGAGUGGGAAUUUGCCUCAUCUUCUCACAAGAUGAAUAACCUGCAUCGUGAAUCUUGUAAAGAUGCAGCUAAUACAAAGUAUGAUUCAUAUGUGGUGGACUGUUGGGAACAACAUGCUUUAAUGUACAGUGAUGCAAUGAAAAUAUAUGAAAAUAAGUUAUCAUGCUUGCAAUAUCCUGAGCAAGACAGUGAUAGGCCUUCUGACUUGAAAGAUGGCAUAUCUUCCCAGAGCAGGACUUCUGUGGAUGGAAAGGAUGGUGAAUUGAAUCCCUUGGAAUUGGAGUCCGUGGUUGCCAAAGAACCUGGAGAAGAUGUGCUUGAUACCAAAGAAGAAGUAAGAUUUUGCAAUCCUUUGGCACCCAAAGAAAAGUGUGAAAGUGACCAUACUAUGCCAAACUUGACAAAUGGGGUCUUUCAUGAGAACAACAAUGCUAUGUCUGGAGAGGUGCUGAUAGAUAUACGGCCUUCUGAUUUUGAGUCUGUGAUCAUUAAGUUAAUGCGAGAAAUUGAAGGGUUGAAGGACUCUCAGUUGAAACAAAUGCUAAAAGUUGAUUCUCUGGAGCAUGAGUUGAGCCAAUCUAAACUAGAAAUUGACCAAUUGAAGAAGCGCUGCCACAAGUUGGAAUCUGUUCCAUUUUCUGCCAAGGACCACUCCGACAUACAGGACUGUGAAUCCACAAAUUUCACAGCUGAGGAGUCCGUACUAGUACUUGGAGGAUUUGAUGGUUGCUCAUGGCUUUCAGAGUUGAGUUCGUAUUCUCCGUCCGAGAACCAUUUUAAAUCACUCUGCCCAAUGACCUUUUUACGUUCACAUGCUUCUGUAGCCAAGUUGAAUGGCGAACUUUACAUCUUUGGUGGUGUUCAUGAUGGUGUAUGGUAUGACACAGUUGAAUCAUACAACCCGAUGAGUAAUCAGUGGGUCAAGCAGCCUUCUUUAAAUCAGAAGAAAGGAAGUCUGGCGGGAGCGUCGAUUUAUGACAAACUUUUUGCAAUUGGUGGGGGAAAUGGAGUUGAAUGCUUCUCAGAUGUGGAAUUAUUUGAUCUAAACAUUGGAAGAUGGAUCUCCACUCAAUCUAUGCUUGAAAAGCGUUUUGGUCCUGCUGCAGCAGAUAUGAAUGGUGCAAUAUAUGUUGCUGGUGGCUAUGAUGGAAAAGAUUACUUGAGAUCUGUCGAAAGAUUUGAUCUGAGGGAACAUGCAUGGACUCGCAUUGGUAGUAUGAACACGAAGAGGGGGUGCCAUUCAUUGGUUGCAUUCAAAGAAAAAAUAUAUGCUUUAGGGGGUUAUGACGGAGAUAAAAUGGUUUCCUCUGUUGAGGUUUUUGAUCCACGUGUUGGUUCAUGGAUGAUGGAAGAACCUAUGCAAGCUGCCAAGGGAUAUUUUGGCUCUUUCGUGUUAGGGGAAAAAAUAUAUGUCAUUGGUGGCUGUAUGCAAGAAAUGGAAAUUUUGGAUGUGAUUGAAUCCUACUCGGAGGGUUGUGGUUGGCAGGGGGCUGGACAGACGGCCCUUGGUAAAAGGUGUUUCUUUUCUAGCCUUGUGCUGUGAACAAGGAAAAAACAUGAUACAACGUAAUGCAGAGUCUCAGAGACCUUUAUGUUUGAAUAUUUCUUGCGAGCUGGAGCCUAUCAUAUUGAGAAGCUG